AUGGCUACGAUUGCGAGGGAAGAUCUGAAAUACGGCUGGUUUUCAUUUAAGCCAGGAUGGCUCCAGACUGCUAAUAACUCCAAAUGUUUCCUCUUUGUGGUCGCCAUACUUGCGACUGUGCAAAGUUAGUUAACAGUGAGAUUUGUUGUCCUGAUUUGGUAGUUGAGCUAGUAUGUUCUUAUCAGGAAGUACGCAUGCUCCUUUUCUUUUAUUUACUAUACAAUGGGUUUCUGACAAGGAGAGUUUGUUAAAAAAUGGAAAUUAUUACAACAGGCAUGACGGUAAAUGGAAUAACAGCCAUAAAUCUGCCCACGUUAGAGAAACGGUUUCAGCUCAAUAGCAAAGAUCUUGGAAUCAUUGCUGCUUCCAACGACAUAUCUGCCAUCGUACUUGUCUGCUUUGUCAGUUUUUACGGUGAAUUUGGAAACAAGAUUAGAUGGCUGGGAUAUGGAACACUUGUCACAGGUUUGAUUGAAUAUAACAGUUUCUUUUGAUAUUGUCAUUAACUCUUUCACUCCCAAGAUCUCAUCAGUAAUUCUCCUUCCUAUCUGCCAUAUAAUUCUUAUGAUGUUAGGUUGGAGAAUUUGGUAUUGGAUCAACUAAAAGUCCCCUAAUCGCUAUUUUUCUUUAUUCUCAACCCUUGUCCGCUUGAUAAUGCAUUGACACUGUGAUGAGAAAUUCUCUCUCGGUCAUUCAUGAGAAUUAGAGGGUUAGCAAUCUGUGGGACUUGAACGCUUAUGUAUAUUGAUGCAGUAGGAUUUUUAACCAAGUUAGACUUCUUUAAACAAGUUUUGCAGAUAGUGGUGACAUUUCUAUGGGGAACUUUUUUAGCUCUGACCAAAGUCGGUAAUGAAUAUAACAUAAAUCAUGUAUUGACCUUUGGAUAGCUGAAUACCAGAGCAUGAUUUGAUUUUCACAAGUGACUGCCAUUAUGGUCGAUGCAGAUAAAGAAGGCUGAAUAAAGUUCAACCUUUGACCAACAGUAAACCCCUUGUCUCUUGAAUAUGGGUGUCACUUAUAACUGAGCUACGAAGCGUCGAAGCCACAUGUUUGGUUGCGAAGCUAACUUAUGAGUUUCUUGUUCCCUGGUAACAAAAGAAAUCUGUCUCAAAAAACUUUAAUGUGUCAGCACUUUUUUUGUUUUAUGCUUGAGCAUAUGCCAGUUCUUGCGCCUAUGUGUGCUUUUCGCCAAAGUGUGAACCAAAAUUACUUUUUCUUUCCAUGUGGGGGGGGGGGCUUUGAUACUGAUAUGGCCAGAUACUGAUAUCCUUGCUAUGGUGCUAUGGUUAUCCGCAGGUAUUGGUUGUUUUGUAUUUUUCCUUCCUCAUGCCUUAACUAGUCCGUACAAACCUGUCGUGACAAACACCACAGACAUUUACAGACGAGUUGAAGAGUGUAUGGUGAACAGCAACAGCUCAACUGGUAACGCCUGUUUCUCCGGAUACGAGUCAAACAGGUUCUACCUGUUUAUUUUCUGUCUGGCGCAACUACUCAUGGGUGCAGGCACUACACCGUUGUACUCACUCGCACCAGCCUACAUUGACGAAAAUGUUCAUCCUAAAGCAUCGCCAAUAUACCUCGGUAUAUUUUUCGCGGGUGCAGUGGCAGGCAGUGGGCUUGGAUUUGUGGUUGGAGGACCGAUUCUGAACAAUGUCUACGUAGACAUAAAACAGGUUAAAAAGCGAUCAUUUUUUCUCACCUGGGAGGGGAGGGGUGGGGGUCGGAGGAUUUGGUUAGAUAUCUCUAUUUGUACACCGUAUAAUCUAUCAGCACAAUCUAAGAUUAAAAAAUAUCUUAUUCUGCCUAGCUAAACUAGCUAAUAAUUAAUUCAGUAUUAUAAGAAUAACUAUCACUAAAGCUGCCUUUUGUUGGCUGUGAAACAAUAACAUUUACCGGAUCCCCCAAUAACACUCCGUAAUAUACUUCUGAUCCCACUUCAUGGGGAGUCAGUUUUCUGCAGUACCCCUUCCCCUACUGAUUCCUCCUCUGCUCUCCCCUGAAAACUGUACAAUCCCCCCAGAAUUCUUCGACUCCAACCCCCCAGGUGAUGAUAAUGACUGGUCCUUUUGUCUAUGAAAUCACUCACUUUGGCUUAGUAACUAUUUUAAUUUCUGAAAAAUUUUGUCAAUAGCUAUCUAUUUGUGGGAUUAGAAGUGGUAGGGAUCGUUCAAAUGAAUUUUGGACUAGUUUCGACACAGAGAGUAUUUGAAGUGAUUUUCAGAGCUGAACAUGAUGCUCUCUUUUACUAACAUGUAUACUUUGUUUAUACAAUAGCCUGAAGGAGCUAAUUUAACCUCAAGACACCCACAGUGGAUUGGGGCCUGGUGGUUAGCAUACAUUGCAACCGGUGUGGUGAUUUUUGUCUGCGCCAUUGUAAUCCUUGGAUUUCCUCGUGAAUUACCAGGAUCAAAAGAGAUGCGCGAUAAAGCCAUUGAAGAAGGAAACUUGCCAAAAAGUGAUCACAGAUUACAAGGCAGUUUAAAAGAUAUCGUGCCAGCCACCACCAAGCUCUUAAAGAAUCCAACGUACAUGUUUAACACUAUGGCCACAACUGCAGCAUCGUUUUUCGGGGCCGGAUUGGGAGCCUUUAUCAGCAAGUUCGCCGAGUUGAAAUUUAAUCCGAACCCAGGCUUGGCUGGUGUUACUCUUGGGGUAGUGUUCCUUGUAGGUGCCACAGGUGGUUAAAAUUUCUUGUCUUUUUUGCUAUCCCUUUGUUUGCCUGUCUUGUGCUCUUGGAAGUCUAAGAAAACCGUGCUUACAAGGUCAUCGUAUUCAGUGUCUGUUAUGCUAGUUCUCCGAACUUUUCACUCAGCGUACAAUGUGCAAUUAAUAAUACUCCCGGUCGAAGACAAAUACGUUGGGUCUAAAAUAACUUCAGGGUGAUUUCUCUUGGAAGGAGGCCUUUAGGAAGUCUCUUAGCUUGAUCGUCUCUUGAUUAAUACGUAUGUCUAUUUAACUUUUCUUUCAGGUGGUAUUUUUUUGAGUGGUGUCAUUGUUAGGCGGUUUAGUUUGAAGAAGUCGUGCCGACUGUCUGCAAUGUGCUGCCUUUUUCUUCAACUUUUUACCGUAUGGACAGCAGCAACUUUUAUCAUCCCGGGAUGCAAUCAGAUCGAAUUGGCGGGUAUCACCAAACCCUAUUACAAAAGGUGUGGACAAUUUCUGUCAUUCGGAAAAAAAAUUUAAAGUGAUCUAUAGAGGCACACCUCGACUCUCAGGAGUAUAAGUAAAUGGCAUGGGUGACAUAUCAGUAUUCUGGUGCAUCACUAUACUUGCAAAACCAGAAGAACUUUAGUCAAAAGAAUUGGAUAAGCUUGGAAAAUUGCAGCUAUUUUUGAUUUUUUGCUUUUCCUGCAAUGAAUAAAUCAGGAUGAAAGUUUUUUCUGUAUUGGUGGGAAUGAUAAUUUAAAAUAUCCCAAUAAGGCCAGAAUUUCAUAUGAAUGUCCUGGUAGAACUAAGCAGAAUCCUAUUUUAUAUUUAUACUGGGUGGGGCCACGGGCCAAAAAGUAUACACCACCCAACUAAGGUGUUUCACUCUACAUAAGAAGAAGCUUUUUUUCACCUACGUCCUUGACAUCAUUGGGGCUAAAAUAUUUUGAUCUUUACCUUUUCGUUUAUCACGAAUAGCCAGUCACAAAUCGGAAGUCUAACAGCCCCAUGCAAUGCGAACUGUAGUUGCUCGAUCGCAAAUAUUGAUCCCGUGUGCGGAGAGGAUAACUUGAGUUAUUUUUCGCCUUGCCACGCUGGAUGUUCAAAAGUGGAAGGAUCUAAGGUAUGAAAUUCACACAUGUUUGUUGUAAUAGUCUCUAAGGGAAAAGGGAUUUCGCACUCUGAUCGGUUCAGCAUUGCGUUUACCUUAGGAACUGCGAAGUAAUCUCAGUUUAAAAAAAUUAGGUUACAACAUGAUCCCCUGUACUUUGUGAUGCUACUCAGCUUCAACAAAAUUCACAACUUUCCGGUUCAGUAUUAACAAUAGAUUAAAAAUUUUUUCAGGCAUACCAGUGUAGUUGUAUUCCUCCUAUUGGGAAUGGGACCAAAGCAACAGCCGCGAAACGCUACUGCGACCGAGGACCAGGCUGCAAGAAUUUUCUGUAUUUCCUCUUAGUUUCUUGUUUGCUAAUCCUAGCCGUUUUCCUAACGGCAAUACCAAGCAAAACCGUCGCUCUACGGUAAGAAAAUGUUUCCUUCCACGGAAAAUGUCUCUAAUACUGCUAGAUUCGCCGACGAAUCACUGCGAAUAGUCCCCUGACUAUCAGAUUUGACUGAUUUACACGGAGGUGCAGCUGCGCCUCCACUCGUUGGGAAUAAGAGUUACAUCAGAACCAAAUAAACGUCUAUGAGAGUAGAUUUGCGGUUAAUUGUACACAGGGAGUAGUCCUAUUAGACUGAUUACAGGGAAUUCUCCACUCGGAUGUAUUACGAUCUCAGUGUUUUCAACAUUGCCAAUGAACAAGACGAGAUUAUCAUUGUAUACAUCAUUGAUUCACUGCCUUCGUGAAAGACAUUUCCAGAAAUUGGUGACGCUCUUCUUCAUAACACAUUGAUGGAUUUUCUUGAAAAAAAACGUUAAUAGUUGGAAUUGAUCGUAAAGCCGGAGGUAUUCACGAAGUUUCAAAAGCGUCCAGGCCUAUCUCAUAUCAAUCGACUUUUCUAUUUUACUCUCCACAGAUGUGUACCGGAUAAUCAAAGAUCCUACUCCCUAGGUUUCCAGUUUAUUUUCCAGCGCUCUCUUGGCUUUAUGCCAGGACCCGUUGUGACUGGUUGGAUAUUUGACUAUCUUUGCCUUCUCUGGGGAGAAAGCUGCGGAAAACGAGGUCGAUGUCAAAUAUACGAUAUCAAGAAGCUGUCGUUAGCAAUAACAGUUUUGGGAUGUAUUAUGAAAGGUAAGGUUUCAGCCAGCAAGGUUACUGCCAUCAUCGAUCGAAUAAAUACAGGACAGCUUCUGAUUUUUUCAGUGAUGGAAGAUAAAAAGCAUAGUACAUUGUUCCGUAGUAUUUGUAAUUGUAUGCGCUUUAACCUAAUUUGUAUCAAACAAACAACUUUAACCAUAACUAUAUUACCAUAACUAUUCCAAAUUCUUUGCAGUCUUAUGGAAAACACCUUCAUGAUGUGAAACUUCAUCAGAGGUUAAUAACACUAAACCCAAUAAAAAGUAAGGCAGAAGGCAAAUUUUUUUGGGAAACGAGGCACUUUCAGUGAAACCUGGGUAGGUGCUUCGUAGGAGCCAUAAGCCUUUCGCUGUCACGACCAACCAAUGCAACGAUAAUACAACAUGUGGCUUGGUAGUCCAACUAGUAUAUGAGUGGCGUGAGUUCACAUUCCGUCGAAGCCUGUAUUUCUUGCAGGUUUUUUUUCAUUGAAAUUUCAUGAUUGUAGCUCACAAGUAUUCUUUACUUAAAUAUCUGUAACAGGUAAAAAUGUAGUUUUUUCCUUUUUUAAUGCCGAUAGCAACUGAGAGUAAUUCUAAAGCUUACAGUAAGUCGUAUCGAGGUAGGAAAGUUUGACAUCUGAAUGCACUCAAAAGACUAAAUUUGUCCUUUGUUAAAGCCUGUCUUAAAACAUCUGCUUUUCCUCCAAGUGUUAAAUUCGUCUAACUACUGUUUUGUUCCUAAUUCUCAGGUCUGGCUGUGUUAUUCUUUUUCCUGAGCUUUUGGUUUUGCAAAUCAAGCUACGAUGAAGAUGAUGUAAACGAAGACCAAACUAAAAACGAAAUUGAAAUGACGGGAGAGUCUUUGUCGAAAAAAACUGUACAUAAUUAAGUAACCAAUGUGACGGUUAGACUGUCUAUAUAAGCCGGCCUCUGUAACUGGGAGGGUCGCGAUGGGGUCAACCAUAAGCCGAGAAACGGCCGAAAAAUUCAGUCGUAAGGCGUAAAAAUUGACAAAAAUUAACCGUUCGUCGUAAAAAAAAAUUAUCCGUAAAUUUUUUUUCUGGUGACCAUAAUGGAAAGAAUUUUAACCAUAAGCCGUAAAAGAAGAGAAUAUGAACCGAUCAUGAUCUUUUUCCGUAAAAACCAUCCUCCACUAGUUGCGGUGACAAUUUAAGUAAGAUUGGGGUAUGGGUCUAUGUCACAAUUUAAGAAUUUCCAACAUUUUUUAUUAUCCGUGUUCUGAUUGUAUAUUCUAUAACGUGUAUUACCAUUACUGUAUUAUGCGUAUGACUAUUAUUGUAUGAAUCAGUUAACCAUUCUUCCGGUUGCGCUAUAUUAAUACUAUGGACCAUAGUGAGGGUAGUAA